AUGCAGUUCCCGCACCCCUUCACAACGCCCUACUCCUUCUACGCCAGCCCCUUCGUCCAGUCACCGUACGCGAGCGUCAGCAACGCCGAGAACCAGCCUUCCGCAUCGCUCGCUCCCUACUCCAACUUCGGCGUUGUCCAAAGUGGUCAUCCCACUGCCGUCACCUUCCUCAUCCCUCCAGGAGCCAGCACUAUCAACUUCACAUGGCGGGCUGAAAAUCCCGCCUCCACGAUGCCUCCCCAGCUCCCUUUCACGAGUCCCCCGGAUAGCACACACACCUCCCCGCGGAAUCAGCAGGCGCACCCCGGGCAUGAUGGCGCAGAGCACGACCCUACCAUUCGCAGCACGCUUAGACCCUCCCGCCUCCCGUCGCCCGCUGACAGCGUGCGCAGCGCGGUGACCUACGCUCCCCCGCCUCCGCCGAUUGCUGAACCUACCACCACCGCCGAUAACACCGCAGAGGCUGAUACUACCGUCGCAACGGCGGGCUCUGAGCGUCCUGAUCCUGGCCCUUCGAUGAGGACUUCGCGCACACGCUCACCGUCCGACGCGGGCAGCCCUGGCGCCGAACGGCCUCCGAGAACCAGAAGGAAGACAUACUUCUCCACCGAGCUCUUCAAGCGCAAAAUCAACAACAUCGAUAACGAGUACACGCAGUGGUACGAGUCCGACGCGGACCACAAACGCCGCGCGCCCCUCGAGCGCAUCUGCGACCUCGUCGACCAGCGCACGCGCACCGGGCGGCUGUACGUGCACACGCACGCGCUGGGCGUACAGGCGUGGAUGUGGGCGUACGAGCGGGGACCAGAUGGGGUGAAGCCUGAAGGCGCGCGGAAGGAGUGGGUCGAGGUGCAGGUCGGGACUGCGCACCCGCGCCUGAGGGGGUAUGUGCUGCAUUUCCUGGGUAACGGGGAGCCGCGCUGGGUGAAGGCGCACUCGGCGGUGACGUAUUCGAUCAGGAGACGCGCAUCCGGGGCGGGGGACGAUGACGACUACCAGGAAUGAAUGCGCGAGUUCUGGAGACCGCGUACGCCGUUGACCUGUCCUGUCAGGUAAGUGGUAUGUUGCGUGAAUGUUCAGGCGGUACUGACCGCCGCGUCGUCUUCAUAGGCCUACUUCAUAAGAAGAUUCGAUUUCUAUGGUCCUAUAUCGCCC